CGCCAGCAGCCUGAUAUGAGGAGGUGCGCAUCAAGAGGGGUCAAGAAACAAAGAACUGAAAGAGCUGAAACGUAUAUAACAUACUAUCAGUAAAAGACACAAUACAAUUAUUUUAGAAACUCUAAACACUUUAUGAAGUGUGUUUGUUGGUUUCACCUUUUUUGAGAUUGUUGUAUUCAGGUGUGCGCUCUCAGAUUGGAUUUUUGUUGGGAUACAAUUGAUUCUCCGAACCUGGUCGAAUAAUAUGAAGACGCUUCCUCUGGGUCCUUACUCAUUCAACGCCAUGGCUUCAAAACCACCCACAAACAUUUCUGUUACCAUUUUGUAGGAGGACCAGGUCCCAUCUUAGAACACAGUGUUCAUCUUCUGCGCAGCCAUGAAGUCUGUGUUGGACGGUGUGGCAGACACCACCUUCCGGACAAUCACCUCAGGGCUCCAGUUCUUGGGCUCCAAUGACGCCAGCUACGACGAUCCCAUCAUCGAUGCUGAUUUCACUAAGAGUGGGAUCACGCUGCAGAAGCCUCUCUCGGCGUUUCGCAGUAAUUCCUUCCCAGACAAAGUGCCUGCAGAUGAGGAACUCAUCAGAGGCCUUCCGUUCUUCCCCACCAACGCCACAGACUUGUUUGGUAACAGGAGUGAGGGUGGUGGCAUUCAGUGUGGGGAGAACUUCAUGGACAUGGAGUGUUUCAUGAUCCUGACCCCCAGCCAGCAACUGGCCGUGGCCAUGAUGUCCCUAACUCUGGGCACCUUCACAGUGUUGGAGAACCUGGUGGUGCUGUGUGUUAUCCUGCAGUCUCGCACGUUGCGCUGCCGGCCUUCCUACCACUUCAUAGGCAGCCUGGCCGUGGCCGACCUGCUGGGCAGCGUCAUCUUCGUCUACAGCUUCCUGGACUUUCAUGUGUUCCAUAGGAAGGACAGUCCCAAUGUUUUUCUCUUCAAGCUGGGAGGGGUCAUCGCCUCCUUCACAGCCUCUGUAGGCAGUCUGUUUCUGACCGCGAUCGACCGCUACAUCUCCAUCCACAGGCCCCUGGCCUACAGGCGCAUCGUAACACGGACCAAGGCAGUCAUUGCCUUCUGCGUGAUGUGGACUAUAUCCAUCGUUAUCGCAGUGCUCCCUCUACUGGGAUGGAACUGUAAGCAGCUCAACUCGGUCUGCUCAGAUCUCUUCCCACUGAUCGAUAAGAAGUACCUGAUGUUCUGGAUCGGGGUGACGAGCGUGCUGGUCAUGUUCAUCAUCUACGCCUACAUGUAUAUCCUGUGGAAGGCUCACCACCAUGCCGUACGCAUGCUAAGUCGUACUUCCCAGAAGAGCCUGGUGGUUUACUCAGCGGACGGGACCAAGGUGCAGACCGCGCGGCCUGAGCAGGCCCGUAUGGACAUCCGCCUGGCCAAGACACUGGUGCUCAUCCUGGUAGUGCUGGUCAUCUGCUGGGGGCCCGUGCUGGCUAUCAUGGUUUAUGACCUCUUCUGGAGCAUGGACGACGACAUCAAGACUGUAUUUGCCUUCUGCAGCAUGCUCUGCCUGCUCAACUCUACCGUCAACCCAAUAAUUUAUGCCCUGAGGAGCAAGGACCUCAGGCAUGCCUUCCUCAGUUCCUGCCAGGCAUGCAGUGGCAGUACCCAACUGGACAAUAGCCUGGAGUCUGACUGCCAGAACCGGAAUGCACACAUCGCAGCCAAUAGAGCCGCAGAAAGCUGUGUGAAGACCACUGUGAAAAUAGCCAAAGUGACAAUGUCUGUGUCAACAGAGACUUCUGCAGAAGCUGUCUAAUUGGUCAUGGCCACAGUAAUAUAUUGUUCAAACUAAUUGUCAAUUGUUGUCACACAAUCAUGGCAUUAUCAAGCUCUUGUUAUCGAUAAUGAUAACAAGAGCUUUAACCAGAGAAACAUUCACUGUCAAGAUAUUGAAUUUGAUCUGAUUUUCAUUUAUACAUAAUUUUAUGAUUAUGAAGUGUGCCAGUACAUUGUGUUCCAGUGCCGAAGUGCCAAAUUGUUUGAUUCUAUGAUAAAGAAUUGAUGACUCAAAACGUCAAUUUCUCAGACACAGAUUGAGCGCUAAGUGUAAUUUAUUUUCCUUACAAUGAAGGAUCUCCAAUAAAGAAAAAUUUAGCUAGUCUGGGUCUGGGAAACAGGACCUUAAUGUGUUGCAACUAAUGUGUUAGAACUAACUAUCAAAGCCUACUAUCUACAACCUGUAGAUAUUAAUGGUGAAUUUAUGAAGAAUUAUUUUAUUUUUGUACUGUGAAUUCAGGUUCUGAAACAAUAUAUCCAUCCAUGGGAUAAGGGGCUACAGAAGUUUUUGAAUAGUCACAGUUUAUGUUGUCAUAAUCAGUGUUUCUCUAACCAAGUCCAUAGACUGGUGCCAGUCUGUUAAGAAACGGAUACAGAGUAGUUGUUGUACUUGUCAGGGCCAAAGAGGUAAACAUGGAAUUGAGCCAUGGCCAGGUCAAAACAAAAGCACCUAGAUACUAACUUCAAACCUGGCACAAAAAAAAACUUUGAGAAUCGCUGAUCUAGAUAUCAGUAUAUGUACCAGAAAAAAUAUAGAUUUUUUUUUCCAGGCUAUAUAUAUGAAAUGUGUUGUGUAAAGAUUCAUUGAACAUAAAAAUGACAAUAAAAUACUUUUGUGGUUUACUUUGAGACUUGUAUAGAUGGAUGCAUUGAAUGAAAGAUUGUUGUACCUUGAUUUUUUUUGGCACAGUACAGAAAUUGCAUAAAAAGUGGUUUUGAAAGUUAAGAGAAUCACAGAAAUCUAAAUGGGAACUUUAUCCAUAUUAACUUGACAGAACCAUUGCUAUUCUGAAUUUAAAAUGCUGAAAUUACAUUAUGGUUACUGUGAAUAAUAUGUUAAUUGAGCCAAAGUCUCAAUCCUUCUCUACAGAACUGGUAGAGCACAAAGAGAUCUUACUCACUGCAUCUCUCUAAUUUAUCUUGUUUCUUGCAGUGUGUUGAAUACAGUGAUAUGUCUUUGACGGAAAAAAUGUAUGUCUACCAAACAAUUGUACAGUGUUAAAAAAUGGUUUUGUACCUACUUCAAACCUAAAUAGUUCUUUUUCAGUGCCAAUAUAACAGGCCACCACUUGAACACUGUUCUUUAGAGCUGUACGUUUAACACUGCGGUGUGCUGGCCACACUAGAACUGUUAUAAAUGUGUGACAGUUUCAAUUUGCAUUCAUCAUGAAGUGGAUUUGAUUGAAUUCAGUAUAUUUGUGAUACCUUGUGACUUAAUAAAAACAUUUUCAAUCUUCACAUUUUAUUUCAAUGUUAAAGUAUUACAGUAAUUUUCUUUCCCAUUUGAGAAUAUGGGAUACAGAGGGGCAGGUGAACAUUAUAACUAUAGUUUCUGUUCUAAUGAUAAACCUGUUUAGAAUGGAAGGUGGAAUGGACAUUCUGACUGAUGCGAUGGAUCUUAUAUUGUGUAUGGAUUGUAUGGAAACCUUAUCCUCUUAAAAAUGUUGAUGAAAAUGUCAAUUUCAAUUACAUUAUAUAGGACUUUUAUUAAAGAAAGAUCACUCAGUUAGCACAAUUGUUAUAGACAUUUAUCGGUGUUAAAACUAUUCAGACAGCUGUUAACCAGUGCGCUUUGCUGCCUUUUGUAGUGUUGAGUGUUGAAGAUCAAAUCAUCUGUCAAGUGGCUUCUGUACUGUGGUGGCCUCUGAUAAGUUUGUGAAAAAAAAACAUGAAAUGAAACGUGUUUUUGGUAUCGCAAUGUACUGUUCCCAAGCUUUUAAUAAAGUCAA